AUGUUUCGAGGCAUUAAAAUCUUUAAGCCACACACCAAUUUUCAGCGCAUUGUUUGGCGCAAGACUGAGAAUGAACCUCUGCUUCAUUUUCGCCUGCUGACGGUUACCUACGGAUUGGCACCGUCACCAUUUCUGGCUGUUCGAGUUCUAAAGCAACUUGCCGACGAUCAUGGCCAUGAAUACCCUGCAGCAGCUCACGCUCUUCUGCACGAUGCCUAUGUGGACGAUAUCCCUACAGGCGCCAACACACUCGAGGAGCUUAUGAUUCUCAAGGACGAGCUUAUAGCCCUCUUGGAUAAGGGAAAAUUCAAGCUACUCAAAUGGAGUUCUAAUAGUUGGCGUCUUCUGAAAUCAUUACCAGAGGAAGAUAGAUGUUUUGAACCUAUCCAGCUCCUCAACAAAUCAGCUGCGGAUUCACCUGUCAAAGUUCUUGGUAUCCAAUGGAACCCUGGGAAGGACGUUCUGUAUCUCAACCUAAAGGGAUGCGAUGCGACCAUUUCUCCGACGAAAAGAGAACUCUUGUCUCAGCUAUCAAGAAUUUAUGAUCCGCUUGGACUGGUAGCGCCGGUCACAGUUCUACUCAAGCUAAUCUUCCAAGAAAGCUGGACAAGUGUCCUGCAGUGGGACGACCCCAUUCCUAAAAGUCUACGUACGCGCUGGAGAGCCUUAGUAGAGGAUUUGCCAGCACUUACGCAAUGCCAAGUACCACGGUAUAUUGCGUCACCAUUUCGAGAUGUUCAACUACACGGAUUCGCCGACGCAUCCUCGCACGCCUACGGUGCGGUUGCAUCGCUCGAGUUGCAGUUGGAUGCAGCUUUCAACACGAGCUGCUGGACAGAUUCAGAAAUUGUGCUACACUGGCUUUCAGCUCCCCCUCGACGGUGGAACACCUACGUCUGCAACCGAACUUCUGAGAUAUUGAGCGACUUUCCACGUAGCUGCUGGAACCAUGUUCGCACGGAAGACAAUCCUGCUGAUUGUGCUUCCCGAGGACUUCAUCCGUCAAAGCUUCUGGAGCAUCGACUGUGGUGGAAAGGUCCGUCCUGGCUGGCCACACCCACCUCUGAGUGGCCACCUUCUACAAGCAAGUUCAGCGUAUCUUCAAGUUUCGAUGUCAACACCGAAGAACGAGCCAUAAAGCCCACGACUCUACAUAACUUACCUGAUGAAAGUAUACACGAGUUACUCAUCCACAAAUUCUCAACCUGGACGCGUCUUAUAAGGGUAUCUAGCUACUGUCAUCGCUUUAUUCACACUCUUCGAUCUCAUCAUAGGAAUUCGGCACCAUUCCUUACGUCUGAAGAGUUGCUGGACGCACAGCGCCGACUUAUUCGACAUGUGCAACAGAAAUCCUUUGCCAGAGAAUAUGCGCAGCUAGAGAAUCGACGCCAGCUUAACGCUAAAUCGCAUCUUAUCCGGUUUUCUCCGUUUCUGGAUGAUUAUGGAGUAAUGCGAGUCGGUGGGAGAAUCGAGCAAUCUACACUCAACUACAACGCCAAGCACCCGAUUCUGAUACCUAAAGAUACACCACUAGCUGGACUGCUGGUUCGACAUUUUCAUGUCUCCUAUCUGCACACUGGAGUUGAUGCAACGUUCACCAAUCUUCGUCAGCAGUACUGGAUUCUGGGAGCCCGCAAUCUCGUCAGAAAGGCAGUCUUCCAAUGCAAAUCCUGUUUUCUUCAACGAAAGGGCACAAGCAACCAGAUCAUGUGA